GUAUGCAAACAGAUGGAUAAAUUCGAUUAGAUUUAAAGUGCAUUUAGAGUCUUACAAAACACUCGUGGUGUUUCCUACUAUAAGAAGCCGAAAACAAAAACAUUCUAACAUUAACCACGUUUUGGAAAAUUCCAUUUGGAGAGCUACAUCCUUUUUCGGGGUUUGCAGACAGUCACGUGUAGACGGUGCUGUUGCGUCAUCCAAUUGCGACGGGAGAUGAUGACAGUAAAGCGAAACGUGAAUAGUUGUUUUAAUUCCUCGUGCAUAUUAUCCAGUGGCCUAUACAGUUAUCAAGUUAAUUUGUCUUCUGUCAAUCAUUGAAGACACUAACUUUGUAUACUGCUGUUGAAUAUAAUUGAGUAACAGCUUUGAGCUAUCAAUUUACUUAACCUGUUUAGUUUGGUUGUGGACAGGUGUAACCUGCACAUUCAUUCAAAUAAAAUGAACGAAGCAGAGUUGGUGGAGUACUUCAGGACUCAGAUGAGAACUGACCCAGACAUGGCUUCUGCUGUAGCUGCCAUACGAACCUUAUUGGAGUUUCUCAAGAGAGACAAAGGAGAGACGAUCCAGGGUCUGAGGGAGAGUUUGAAGGGGGCGACAGACUGUCUGACUGCGGUGGACUCGUCCGUGGCUGUGUCCUCUGGCGGGGAACUGUUCCUCCGCUUCAUCAGCCUGACGUCUCUGGAACACGAGUUACAUAAUAGAAACCAAACUAAAAAGCACACGCACACCAGAUUGACACGCCCUCUUGGUUGUUUGGCACACGUCUGGACAUCCAGCUCAGAGAGGCAGACACACAGGGCCAGCCCUGCCGUCAAGACCCAGGCUGGGUCCUGGCUCAGGGCCUCAUCUCCAUCUUGUUUACCUCAGGAUCUGUCACGCUGCAAGAAGGUGAUGGAGGAGAGAGGAGAGCUGUUCUUGGAGAAGAUCUCGCAAUCCAGAAGCAAGGUGGCCAAACUCUGCCACACUUUCAUCAAAGACGGGGCGAAAAUCCUGACCCACUCGUCCUCCAGGGUGGUGCUGCGGGUGCUGGAGAAGGCUGCAGCUGAGAAGAAGCGCUUCUCUGUUUAUGUCACAGAGUCCCAGCCAGACACAGCAGGGUGGCAGAUGGCAGAAGCCUUAAGAAAACUCAACGUUCCCGUGACCGUAGUUUUAGAUGCUGCCGUGGGGUAUGUCUUAGAGAAGGUGGACCUGGUCAUCGUCGGUGCGGAAGGAGUCGUGGAGAGCGGAGGCAUCAUCAACAAAAUUGGCACCUAUCAGAUGGCUCUGUGCUCCAAAGCCCACAACAAGCCCUUCUACGUCGUAGCGGAGAGCUUCAAGUUCGUCCGCCUGUACCCCCUCAACCAGCAAGACGUCCCAGACAGAUUCAAGUACAAGGCGGACACACUGAGGACCGUCCAGAAUCUGUCAGAGGAGCACCCCAUGACGGACUACACCCCGCCCUCCCUCAUCACCCUCCUCUUCACCGACCUGGGGGUCCUCACCCCAUCUGCUGUCAGUGACGAACUCAUCAAGCUUUAUUUAUAACUGCCUCGCGACAUCGAAAUAAAAUAAAUUGAAAGAGAAGGGUUGUAAAAACAUGUU